AUGAACUUUCUCGCGUUGCCUACAAUUGUGAUGGCUAUGGCAUUCUCUGGCUCACUAUCAUUUAAUCCAAUGACAGAUACCCUGACUCUGCCCUCUGGCCAACUGUUUAGGUUCACUCCACCCGCUGGACAGGAUUUACCAACAGAAGUUUUCACUCAAGGCAACACCGACUACUAUCCCUCUCCAACGCCA